AUGAUUGAUAGGGGGCGAGCAAACCAUCUGGAGGAGGCGCUGGAGAUUGUGAGAUCGAUGCCUUUCCAAGCGGGUGUCGUGACCUGGAUGACGAUCUUGAGCGCUUGUAGGAAGUGGAAGAACACGAGAGUUGGAAGUGAAGCAUUUGAUGCGUUGGUUGGAAUGGAUGUGAGGGUGAAAUCGUCAGCGUACUUGUUGAUGGCUCAUGUCUCCCAGUCGGAUUCAAGGAGACUGAAGACUGGAAACGAUACACGAAGCUUAAGAUCGGUCUCUGGAAAGAAGCCUGGUGCCAAUGUGGAGCGAGCUCGAACAGAAAAAAGCUUCCAAGCAGACAUAAAUCGAUUUUCUGCAUUGACUGAUCACCUUUCUUCCUUAGGAACAAUGACACCUGAAACAGAAAAACUCAUUUUCGAGCAGAAAUAA